UACCCGGAAGUGAGAACCAUUCCAAAGAUGGCGGAGCAGGGUCCGAUGGCCAUAGCGAUGCGGCUCCGAAACCAGCUCCAGUCCGUCUACAAACUGGACCCGCUGAGGAACGAGGAGGAGGUGAAGCUGAAGAUCAAGGACCUGAACGAACACAUCGUCUGCUACCUUUGUGCGGGAUACUUCAUCGACGCCACGACCAUUACCGAGUGUUUACACACCUUCUGUAAAAGCUGUAUUGUCAAAUACCUGCAAACGAGCAAGUACUGUCCCAUGUGCAACAUCAAAAUCCACGAAACGCAGCCGCUACUCAACCUGAAGCUGGACCGGGUGAUGCAGGACAUCGUCUACAAGCUGGUUCCGGGCCUGCAGGAGAGCGAAGACAAGAGAAUAAAGGAGUUCUACCAGUCGCGCGGUCUAGAGAGGGUCAUCCAGCCAGCGGGAGACGACGGAGUCCCCGACGCCACCGGCUUGCCGUACACCAGCUUCGACCACUCGAAGGCUCACUUCUACCGAUACGACGAGCAGGUGUCUCUGUGUCUGGAGCGUCUCAGCUCGUCGCUCGCCGGGAAAGAUAAGACCAAGCUCACUCUUCAGCAGAAGUUCGUCCGCUGCUCGGUGAGAGCCGAGGUGAGACACCUGAGGAAGGUUCUGUGUCACCGGCUCAACGUGGAGAAACACCAGGUCCAGAUGCUGUUCAACAACGAGUCUCUGCCCGAUCACAUGACCAUGAAGCGGCUAUGGCUGUCACACUGGUUUGGGAAGGCUCAGCCGUUAGUUCUUCACUACACCGUCAAGGACAAGCGCAGCAGAUAGGACCUGCUGCCUCCGCCUGUACAUAUUUUGUACCAUACAUAUUCUAUUUUAAUAGUGUUUGUGUACAUAUACUUAUUUUCCUUGUUUUGUAUUUUUGAAAUAAAUUUGAAAUCUGA